AUGGAUUCUUCGCAGACCGAUGUUAGCAAGCUGCUCGAUGUGCUCAAAGGCCAAAUGCCGGGGCAGAAGGUGUCAGCCGAGGCGAUGGCUGCGCAGAAGCAAGCGCGAGACAGCACAGGCAUGGAUGUUGACGAGCAGGCCAGCGCGGCGAUCUGGCAAGUGCCUGCCAACGUCGGAUCAGACCUGACCAAGCCGUUUGUGCUGGGAUCUAUCUUGCCAAUGUGGGACACGCUGGACGAGACGCAGAAGCUGAACAUUCUGCUGGGCAUUGCACACGUGGGCGUGGGCAAAAUGCAUGCAGCGCAGGCGGAAGCGCGGCGCGUAUCGGCGCUGGCCAAAUCGGACGCAUCCAGCGACUGGGUACGUACAUUAGGCAGCACAAUCGGCGACGUCGGAGUGACGGGCAGGUUGAACGACCUGGAGACGCUGGGCGACCCAGUGCAGGCGGAGAUUGAGAAGAGCGUCGCGCAGAUGGCCGACAGCCUGGAGGCCCAGCAGCUGGCGCUGUCGACCGAGGCAUUGAGCUACGUCAGCCCGCAGGUGGCUGCGGAAAUGGCGCCUGAGCACAUCCGGUACAUGUACGGCGUGCCGCCUACCGAGGAGGAGGUGGCGCGGAUCACCGAGACCGCAUCCAGGCUAAAGAUCACCAUCAAGAAGCCCGUCUCGCGACGCCCGUCAGCACUGCCCACGCUCAGUCGUCGCGAAUCGUCUGCCGAUGCCAUGAGUCCGGCCGCAAGCAACCCGGAGCUGGCGGACUUUUCGGACCUGUUUGGUGACGAGCCCGAGCAGGAUCGGCCCGCGGGCGCGCCUGCACGGUAUCUGACGGUCAAAACCUCGCAUCAGGCCGACCACGCCGGACGGCUGGCGCGUCUACUGGCGGCCGCCGAUGAGGCCGACGGGUCAGCGCUCCAUGGCGACAAGGCGCGGCGGCCAAGCGGUCCCGCCGGCCGACCAGCGGGGGUUGGCGUGCGGCCCACACCGGGCAGUCCUGCCGGCCGACCAACCGGUGCUGGUGUGCGGCCCACACCGGGCGGCCACGCUGGAGCUCGGCCCGCCAACAAGCUCGGGAUCCUGGCCCCGCGGCGCCGUGCAGCCCCAUCCAACACCGCACUGCCGGCCAGCGGGCUGGACAGCGCGCGACGUGGGGCUGGCACAGGCACACCCGGGUACCAGGCACCGAAGCGCAUUCAGAUGGUGACGGUGGACGAGUCGACCACUAUGAUGCAGGCACGUGAUACCACCCUGAAGGAGCGCCGCGAGCGCCUAGCCGAGGAGCGCGAAGCCAAGCGGCGUCAGCGGGAAGAGGAGCGCGAGGAGAAGCGUCGCCUGCGUGAGGAAAAACGCCAGGCUGCUGCCGAGGCCCGCGCCCACCAGCCCAAGCGCCCCCGCCGCAACAGCAGCGCGAGCCGCGACGCCGAACCGCACGCAUCGCACGAGAGCGGCGAGGCAUCGGCCAGCGACGAUUCUGCAGGCGAGCCGCCAGCCGCUCAGCCCGACUACCGCAUGUUCGCUGGCAAUGACGACCAGGUGCGCGCAGUCUACGCCGAGACCAACGCGCUGACUGACGAGAACCGCCUGAUCAUGUUCAACUUUUUCAACAAUCUGCCGCCGCCGCCCGGCGUCGUUGGCGAAAUGGACAUUGUGCUCAACCAGAAGGAGAUCCCCGACGCACAGCACCCGGGCAAGGUGUGCCAGGAGCUGAUGGUGCUGCAAGCCGACAUUUCCAAGGGCGAAUGGCGCAAGCUCCGCCGCAUCCGCCGCUUAUGA